AUGGUAUUUUUCAACAACCCUGACUGGCGAAUGGGGAAGCUCCUGCUCUGUUCUUUUGGUGCCUGGCCGUCUCAGUCUUAUCGAACUCGUCGAUUUCUCAGCAUUUCUACUAUUUUCAUCGUCCAGAGUAUUUUUGUUCUCGAGAUAAUUAAAUUGGUGACAGUCUGGAAUAGUAUAGAAAUGGUAACAGAAUGCCUUCCUAUGUUGUCGCUGCACAUUGUCGCUAAUAUAAAAAUGUCUAAUUGUUUAAUUAAUUUAAAAAAGAUAAAAGUAUUACUCAACCACAUCGAAAGUGAUUAUCAGUCAGAUUUAUCAAAAUCUGAAGUACGGACCCUUUUACAAGACAGACAUUUUCAUAAAAAAAUAAUAACUGUAUACGUAAUUUACAUUUACGCAAUCGCUGGAGCAUUUGCCGCAAUACCAGCAAUCACAAAACUUUUGGAUAUUUUAGUGCCACUAAAUGAGUCCCGACCGAAGCAGUUUUUUUAUCAAGCCGAAUAUUUUGUCAAUCAGGAUGAAUUUUCGACGUUUAUUUACAUUCACGGUUAUCUGACACUGCCAUUUCCGAUGACUAUUUGUGUUGCUUACGACUUUCUUUACUCAGCUUACGGUCAUCAUGUCUGCAGUAUGUUCAAAAUUACUGGAGAUCGUUUAAAAAAUAUUGAUAAUAUUUCUUUGGCCGAAGGAGAAAAUUUUUUUAAAAAUUCUGACCAACAAGACAAAAUUUAUAAAUCAUUGAUCGAAUGCAUUAAAAUGCAAAAAUUAAUCCUAAGUUACAUUGAUUGUUACGAACGGAUUUUUUCUAUAAGUUUAUUCCUAGUAGUAGGAGUUAACAUGUUUUCUUUGUGCUUCACAAGCUUGCAGAGUUUAAUAAUAAUAAAUCAAGUAAGCGACGCUUUUUCAUACAUGUUUUACGGUUUUGGAGAACUGGUUCAUUUAUUCCUCCUGAAUUACCAAGGCCAAAAUAUAAUAAAUCACAGCGAAAAUUUUUAUAACUCUGCGUUUCAAGCAAAUUGGCAUAAUUUUUCACUGAAGUCUAAAAAACUUUACAUUUUAAUUAUUAUGAGAAGCUCCGAUUUUGCGGCAAUAAGGGCCGGAAAAUUAAUUGUCAUGUCCUCUAGCAGUUUUAGCAGUAUACUUAAAACUUCAGUGUCAUACUUGAUGGUUUUUAAUUCCUUCCGAUAA